UGUUCCCCCACAUUCCACAGGUGGCACUGAGGCAGUCUGAGCUCCAUCUGCCACUCCUACCUUCCUAACUUCUCACAGCUUCCUCGCACUUAGUUUCAAAGUUAUUUUAUGUAAAAAUAAAAAAAAAUAAUAAUAAUAAUAAUUCUUGAAUUAACAGAAAUAUCUAGAUGAGUUUUAGAAAGAACAGCGGUCAAAUGGAGCUGGAGGAAACCAUCAGAAACCCGGGUUAUAAGGACGCAGUCGACGGCGGGUCGGCGGCGGACGCCUCCAGCUCGGGCACCGGGGAGCGGCGCGACGCCACCGCGGUGAAGCUGGACGCGGCUGCGGACGAGUACACGCAGGUCAAACCGUACGCCGGGAUGCCCAAGGAGGUGCUGCUGCUGCACUCCUCCAGGGCUCGGUACCGGGUGCCCAGAGAGAUCCUGUUCUGGCUGAUAGUGUGCUGCACGCUGGCGCUGGUGGCGGUCACCAUCACCAUCAUCGCGUUGUCCCCGCCGUGCCUGCGCUGGUGGCACAUCACCCCGGUCUACCAGGUCUACCCCCGGUCCUUCAAGGACUCUGACGGGGAUGGAGUCGGAGACCUCAAAGGAAUUAAGGAGAAGCUGGACCACUUCCUGGACCUGAACAUCAAGGCGGUGUGGAUCAGCCCUUUCUACCGCUCUCCAAUGAAAGACUUUGGCUACGAUGUGGAGGACUUCAGGGACGUCGACCCGCUCUUCGGAAACAUGCAGGACUUUGAAGAACUUUUGGUUGAAAUGCACAACAAGGGUUUGAAGCUGAUUAUGGACUUCAUUCCCAAUCACACCAGUGACCGCCACCGCUGGUUCAACCUCAGUCGGACCAGAGAUCCUCAAUACAAGGAUUACUACGUCUGGACGGACUGCGAUCCAGCUUUCCCUAAGCCUAACAACUGGGUGAGUAUCUUUGGAAACUCCUCGUGGACUUACGAUGAGGUCAGAGGUCAGUGUUACCUGCACCAGUUCCUCAAGGAGCAGCCAGACCUGAACCUGAGGAACCCCGAUGUCGUUCAAGAGAUCAUCGAUCUCAUCAGCUUCUGGCUGGAGAAGGGCGUGGACGGCUUCCGGAUGGACGCGGUCAAACACAUGCUGGAAGCAGCACAUCUCAGAGACGAGCCACAGGUGGAUCCAGACAAGCCGCCGGAAUUAGUAACUACAGAGUGGGACUUGUAUCACGACUACACCACCAGCCAGGUCGGCUUGCACGACAUGCUGAGAGAGUUCAGAGCAGUGAUGGACGACUACAGCCGAGAACCUGGCAGAUACAGGUUCAUGGUGACAGAAUCCUAUGACUAUGAAGAGGUGGAUAAGACCAUGAUGUACUACGGAACGCCGCUAAUAAAAGAAAGCGACUUCCCCUUCAACUUUUACCUGCUGGACCUGCCUCAAAACACCAGCGGCUGGUGGGCUAAACAUCUGGUUGACCUUUGGAUGUCCAACAUGCCCAGCGGAAAAUGGCCCAACUGGGUGGUCGGAAACCAUGACAGGCCUAGAAUCGGCUCCAGUGCUGGUCGGAUUUAUGUUCGUGCCAUCAACCUGAUGCUACUGACCCUCCCCGGCACACCAACGACUUACUACGGCGAAGAGAUUGGCAUGGAGAACAUUAAUAUCACACAAAGCCAAGUACAAGACCCUGCUGGGAAGUACAACGUGAGUCUCAGUCGUGACCCUCAGCGAUCUCCGAUGCAGUGGAAUAGUGAGAAGAACGCGGGUUUCAACACCCAAACCAACAACACAUGGUUACCUGUACAUCCCAGUUACGAAACCGUCAAUGUGGAGGUCCAGAAUAAAGAUGAAGGCUCCGUUCUCUCUCAGUAUCGUUUCUUGAAUGGCCUGCGGCAGUCGGAGCUCCCUUUUCUGCGCGGUUGGUUCUGCUACGUCCUCUCUGACACCAACGUUUUCUCUUACCUCAGAGAGCUCGAUGGGCACAAAGAAGCGUACCUCAUGGUGAUUAACUUCGGCAGAGGACCCAGCACAACGGAUCUCUCUGCUGUUAAGGAGCUGCCCGACGAGCUCCGGGUGCUGAUGAGCACCAACACAGCCAACAAUCAGAAAGUAUUCCAGAAAUCCCGCAUCCAGACAGAGGCGGGAGAGGGUUUGGUCAUUCGGUACUCCACCUACACUCGGUUUCAUCCCAACCAUCCUGCACAGUGCUACGUCUCUGAGAAGGCCUGCUACUUGGAGACUGUUGGCAUUCUUUACAAAUGCUAAAGCAAUUUAGCAUUAACGAAAACUGUACAGUCUCGUCAAUCGAUUUACUGAGGUUGUCCUGAGGUGUCUUGAUUCAAAAGGAAUAAUGGAACACAAUAAAGCAAACGCUUGUCGAUGAA